AAUUAUAAAAUUAGUUUGUUUCAAACCUUUGUCCGCGAAGCACGUGUGGGUUUAUUAACGCAGAGAUGAUCGACCAGAAGUUGAUUCUAUACAGUACAGACUAUAGUCCACCAGUUCGUUCGGUUCGAGUUGUUGCGAAGUUGCUUGGAAUUGAAGUCGAGCUUCGUGACGUCAACUUAGUUGGUGGAGAACAUCUGAGAGAGCCAUUCGUCAAGCUAAAUCCAGAACAUACUUUACCGACCCUCGAUGACAACGGAUUCAUUCUUUGGGAUAGUCAAACCAUUUGUGCUUAUUUGGUCGACAAGUACGGCAAAGACGACAGCUUGUACCCGAAGGAUUUGCAACUGCGAGCCAAAUGCAACCAGCGUUUGUUCUUCAACGGAAGCACAUUGUUCGGCCGGUUACGUGACAUUGGUCGACCAAUAUAUUUGGGAGAAUACAGCGAGGUUCCGCAACGAAAAAUCGACGAAGCCUACGACAAUUUGAAUGCACUUGAAGCAUUUUUGGAGAACGAUCUAUUUCUGGUCGGCAACCAAUUAACAAUUGCCGAUGUGUGUGUUGCAUUGACCAUACCAUUUCUACUCAUCCAUGCGCCGUUGAAAGAUGAUAAGCAUCGGAAAAUUUCGGCUUGGUUGAAGCGCGUCAGUGCUACUAUACCAUUUUUCGAUGAAAUGAAUGCAAAAUAUCCAGAAGAGCAUCGAAUUUUCAUAACGGAUUUGUUAGAAAAGAAUAAACAAAAGAAAUGAUUCAAACUAAGUAUUGUAACCAUUCAGCACUGCUGAAUCAGCUUAUUAUGCUUGAA